AUGCCUGUGUUCACAGAAGUCAUCAAUCAUGCUUGUGUUCACAGAAGUCAUCAAUCAUGCCUGUGUUCACAGAAGUCAUCAAUCAUGCCUGUGUUCAUAGAAGCCAUCAAUCAUGCUUGUGUUCACAGAAGUCAUCAAUCAUGCUUGUGUUCACAGAAGUCAUCAAUCAUGCCUGUGUUCACAGAAGUCAUCAAUCAUGCUUGUGUUCAUAGAAGCCAUCAAUCAUGCUUGUGUUCACAGAAGUCAUCAAUCAUGCUUGUGUUCACAGAAGUCAUCAAUCGUGCUUGUGUUCACAGAAGUCAUCAAUCAUGCUUGUGUUCACAGAAGCCAUCAAUCAUGCUUGUGUUCACAGAAGUCAUCAAUCAUGCUUGUGUUCACAGAAGCCAUCAAUCAUGCUUGUGUUCACAGAAGCCAUCAAUCAUGCUUGUGUUCACAGAAGCCAUCAAUCGUGCUUGUGUUCACAGAAGUCAUCAAUCAUGCUUGUGUUCACAGAAGCCAUCAAUCGUGCUUGUGUUCACAGAAGUCAUCAAUCAUGCUUGUGUUCACAGAAGCCAUCAAUCGUGCUUGUGUUCACAGAAGUCAUCAAUCAUGCUUGUGUUCACAGUAGCCAUCAAUCAUGCCUGUGUUCACAGAAGUCAUCAAUCAUGCUUGUGUUCACAGAAGCCAUCAAUCAUGCCUGUGUUCACAGAAGUCAUCAAUCAUGCUUGUGUUCACAGAAGCCAUCAAUCAUGCUUGUGUUCACAGAAGCCAUCAAUCAUGCUUGUGUUCACAGAAGCCAUCAAUCGUGCUUGUGUUCACAGAAGUCAUCAAUCAUGCUUGUGUUCACAGAAGCCAUCAAUCAUGCUUGUGUUCACAGAAGCCAUCAAUCAUGCUUGUGUUCACAGAAGCCAUCAAUCGUGCUUGUGUUCACAGAAGUCAUCAAUCAUGCUUGUGUUCACAGAAGCCAUCAAUCAUGCUCGUGUUCACAGAAGCCAUCAAUCAUGCUUGUCAUGCACAGAAACAUUUCCAGUUUUCCUGCAAAAUAUAGAUUUUUCUUGCAACAAUUAA